CGAAGAUGGCGGAGAACAGUGGUCGACCCGGCAAGAGCAGCUGGAGCGGCGCGGGGAAGGGGGCGGUGUCGGCCGAGCAGGUAAUUGCUGGCUUCAACCGCCUUCGCCAGGAACAGCGGGGCCUGGCAUCUAAAGCCGCUGAGCUGGAGAUGGAAUUGAAUGAGCACAGCCUAGUGAUCGACACACUGAAGGAGGUAGAUGAGACUCGCAAGUGCUUCCGCAUGGUUGGAGGUGUGCUUGUGGAGCGGACUGUCAAAGAGGUGCUGCCCGCCUUGGAGAAUAACAAGGAGCAGAUACAGAAGAUCAUCGAGACACUGACCCAGCAGCUUCAGGCAAAGGGAAAAGAACUCAAU